AUGACCGACGAUGAAGAAACUUUGACUGCUAGGAUUCACAGAGAUGGGUUAAUUUGGAACAAUGAAUUUAGGCAUUAUGAAAGAGAUGAUUUAUUUGUCGAAGCAACCGGGCCAACUGAAAACAUAAAUGAAAAGUUAUUAGAUCCAAUUAGUGCGUUUCAACAAAUAUUUCCUGAUACAUUAAUCGAUCAUUUAGUAUACCAAACAAAUUUAUAUGUAAUGCAAACAAAUGGAAUCAACACAAAACCAGCAUUCUUUAAUGAGAUGAAACAAUUUUUGGGAAUAAAUAUACUUAUGGGAAUUAAAAAAUUACCAAGUUAUAGAGAUUACUGGAGUUCUAUAUGCGAAAUGAGAGAUACAUAUAUAUCUUCGAAAAUGCCAGUGAAUAGAUUUGGAUGGUAUUUGUCAAAAUUGCACUUGAAUGAUAAUUCACUUAUAAAAUCCCGUAAUGAACCCGGUUUUGACAAACUAUUUAAAAUAAGACCCAUUCUAGACAUUCUAACGGUAAUAUUCAAAUAUUGUUAUAACCCUACGAGAAUCCAAUCAAUUAAUGAGUCGAUGAUAGCAUUUAAAGGAAGAUCAAGUAUAAAACAAUAUAUGCCAAACAAACCAACAAAACGCGGCUAUAAAGUAUGGACAAGGGCUGAUGCGUUUGGCUAUGUUUGUCAAUUUGAAAUUUACACUGGAAAGACUAAUAACAUCGUAGAAAAAAAUUUGGGUGCUCGAGUUGUCAAUGACUUGGUGCGUGAUUGGUCGGAAACAACAAAGGUAUUCAUUUUUUGUCGAACUUUCAUGAUCCCACUCAGGAAAGUCAUGUAA